AUGCAGCCUUCGGCAGGGCCAGUCGGGCUGGCCCGCUUCCCCAGCAUGUCUGGCCUCUUCUGGCGCCAGAGCCGUCCUCCACCGUCUUCCUUGCGUGCCGAGGCCGUUGUCGUCGUGUUGGGGUGGCUGGUUGUGGCGGCAGAGAACGGCCGCGGCACAGGCGAGGCGCGGCGGGAUGGUAUCCAACAAGCACAAGCAACCAUCAUCACCAUGCAAGUAAUCGUGGCUUUCCCGGAAACAGCUUGCGCUCUCAUUGUGUUUUUGGCAAGGUUAUCCAAAAAGGGUAUCAACCAGCCGGACUCUUCCGGCCUAGACCGGGCGCCUCCCCAGCGGUGCGCCCGGCUCGCCAUUCCCCCAAGAGGAGUCGUCCUCUACCUAUCUCGGACUGCCAAUGUAGCCAAGCCCUGA